AUGGAUGACCAGCAGGACGAGUCGACGCGAGAUCAGCAAGCCGCAGGGGCGCAACCGAGCCAGUCGGCCUUUGGUCGUGCAGGUGUAUCUGUGGGUACAGGAUGGGUCGGGAGUGGCCCGUGUGGUGACAGCCCGGGUCGCUCACGGCAGAAGAUGAGGUGGCAGGCCGUAUGCAAGUGGCUGUUUAGGGCACUGGCAUUCCCAGGAUGCCGGUUCUGGGGGUGGCAGUGUGCCGAUGGGGAGAAGCGAGUCGGGCGGCGUGUCACGAGUAGCAUCCAGUCCAGCUCGGUUCAGAUCGAACAGCAAAAAGGCGACCUCCCGUGUCCCUCGUUGCUGCGUGCUUCUUGGCGGUUUGGGACGAAGGCGGCCGGCGUCUCGCUGCAAGCCGUCCGUCCGUCCGUCUCCGGGUUUUUCGGGCGCCUCGAGUUGCAGCUGUCCCGGGUAGCUGCUUGCUUGGCAAAGACAACCGAACAAUGA